UUUGUUUAUUGGCAAUUGGGUUGGCAGAAAGUUACAUGUUACAGAAUGAGCCAUCCAUGGAACAAAUUAUUUUGAUUGGAAUUGUCAUUUUAUUUUCAUACUUUACGUAUUGGGCAAUAAUUAAUUCAAAAUGUCGAGAAUCACCUCGUACUGUUGGUAGUGAAACGUCACAACUGCAACGCGAUAGAGAAAUUAAUUUCAUGAUAGACGAUGCCCACUUUACACCUCAAACGCCGCCGCCAACUUAUACAAGAACAAUAAAUCAUAUGGGAUUACCUCCACCAUAUACUUCUUCAGAAUCAGAUUCAAUAAAUCAUAGAUCUGUGAUUACAAAUGGUUAUUCAAGUUCAAUAGAAGAGGGAACAACUCAAUCGACCACAUCAUCAAUGAUACAAACACCACCAUUAUCUUAUAGCACAAAUUUAGCUCAUCAGAGA